AAUCUGCCUUCAGACUGUGUUUCUCUCCCUUGUCCCUGGGGAUGCGAAAGACUCGCUCAAUUGACUCCAGAAUUUGAAAAGUCUGAGGCAGCGAGAGGAAAAAGGUGGGUCACUGGCUCUAGAGCAUUGCUGACCUUGUGUGCAAGCCUUCCUCUUCCUACUCCUGGCUGGUGACCGUGCCAAAGUAGUUCAGCCUCUUUGGACCGCAGCUUUUGUUCCUUCUGUUAAAUGAGAAUAGUAUCUGCCUUGCCUGGUUGUUGUCAGGGUUCAAGGUAAAGUGCCCCUUGCAUUGCAGGCCUUCAAUAAAUGGGGCCUUUUGUUAUCUGCCGACUAGUCUAGUGAUCCUUUCAAAAAAGGAACUACGUUGAGAUGGCUGUUGUAUUUUUAUGAACUCUUGCAAACUCUGUAAUUGUUUCCUCUUUUUCUUAGAGCUCACAAAGCAGCCAUUUGAUAACAUGUUCUAGAAUUUUGCCUUGAAUUAACUUUAAGAACACCAGCCUGUAGCUUUUGGCAUCCCUUUAGAAUUUUUUUGAAAAUUAGAACAAUGUUUGACUGUCUUCACUCUCCCUUCAACUCUCCUAUUAACUAGACGCCUCAUGUAUUAGUGAGACUUUCUUUUGCAGGUUUCCUUUGUACUCUGAGGUGUAAUCUGUCUAGACAAAGAGACUUGAGCUCCUUUCCAAUAACUGUAUCUCUGAGCCUGUCUUGGUUUUCAUUUCCUUUGGACUGUUGUUUAUCCUCCUCUUUCCAAUCCAAUGCCCGUUCUCCUUCCAGAGAAAACAGAUGUCAAACAGGAGCCCAGUGAGUGCACUUGAACCACUUCAUACUUCAGGACCCUGUUUACGUCAGUCGCUAGUGAAAGUCCUCACUCCCACGUCGUUUUCACAUGGACAUGCGGGUCCCCUCAUCGGGGUCGUGUCCACACCCCCAUGCUCAUCUGUCCUCGCUUCCUCUCCUUAGACCCUUCAGCUGGCUCCCUCGCUCAAUAACUUCCCAGCAGCCGCCUCCUUUUCUCUGAUUGUCUCUGAGAAUACUGUUGCCUCUGUAGCUGCCUAAACUGUUUAUUUCACCUGAACACCUUAGGCCCCAGGGGUCGGUAGGCAUGUUUCUUGCUUCCCAUUGCUCCCCUAACCCAUUGUUUUUCCUUUGCUUCAUCUAAAGCCACCCCUCCUCUAUCUAUUUCUUAGUUAUACAGCUGAAGUGUGAAAGUGUGGAGUGGGCUGCCUGGAUCCAUGUGUCCGUACAGGUGUUAGCAGGCAUCUCUCUCUCACACCUGCCUCUCAUGUCUCCCCAUCUCAAUCCUCUGUUUCCCUCCGUCUCUGUUUUCUGCUUUCCCUUAUGUUGGCCUUAUUUUCAAGCUUGUAUUUUCCCUCAGGGUGGCAGAGUUGGCCACCUGCAGCCAGUCCAGCUUGUUGAAGAGAGAGGUCCUCUUUUCCAGUCAGUCAAAAAACUCUCAGAUCUGAUUCUCAUUGAACUGCCUCGCGUCCAUGCCCACUGAGGAGCUAGACAGACAAGUUUACAGCAGCAGCUUAUCCGUGUGAUGGACCGAAUCUGUAAAUUAGUUGAUGCUGUUCCUGAUGAUGAGCUGAAAGCUUUGGAUUGUGGGAACAAGCUGCUCCAGCAGCGGGACAUAAGAAGGAAACUCCUAGCUGAAGCGGAUUUUGAUCCCAGUGAUGCCAGUGUUCUUAGCGCCAUGUGGGGGUGUAGGCCUGAUCCCCUGGAGAGCCCUUUGGAGGACUCGGCCUCUGUUUCCUUACCUUACGCGUUUCGGAAGGGUGACUCCUGUCCUGCAGGGAAUGCUGUGAAGGAGUUCACUCUUCCACACCUCCCCUCAAAUUCCAUGUCCACCCGGGAACAUUUACUGACUCCUCCCCUAGGAAAGACGGGAGUCUCAGCCACCACAAAGAGUCCCUUUGAAAGACCGCUAUUCAGUUCCCAUUUACAGAAGUCCUUUGUAAGUAGCAACUGGGCUGAAACACCGAGGGCAGAGAAAAGAAAUGAAAGCCCUGAUUUCCCAGGAAAUGUUCUCACAAGCACGGCUGUGAAAGAUCAGAAUAAACAUACCACCUCCAUAAAUGACUUGGAAAGAGAGCUCCAGGCUGCUUGCGAGAUUGACAAUUUUGACAUAGAUGACUUUGACGAUGAUGAUGAUGACUGGGAAAAUCUGAUGCAAAAUUUAGCAGCCAGCAAAUCUUCCACAGCUGCCUACCCACCCAUUAAGGAAGGUCGACCAGUUAAAUCAGUGUCAGAAAGACCCUCUUCCGCCAAGACAGACUGCCUUCCAGGGGCAUCUACUACUCAAAAUAAAAACUUCUCAGAGUCAAUUCCGAAUUACCCUGACAAGAUGGAGCAGAAUGUAGCAUCCAGAAAUCCGAAACAUGAGCGUUUCCAGAGUCUUAAUUUUCCUCAUACAAAAGAAAUGAUGAAGAUUUUUCAUAAGAAAUUUGGCCUGCAUAAUUUUAGAACUAAUCAGCUAGAGGCGAUCAAUGCUGCACUGCUUGGCGAAGACUGUUUUAUUUUAAUGCCCACUGGAGGUGGUAAAAGCCUGUGUUACCAGCUUCCUGCCUGUGUUUCUCCUGGGGUCACAAUUGUCAUUUCCCCUUUGAGAUCACUUAUAGUAGAUCAAGUCCAAAAGCUGACUUCCUUGGAUAUCCCAGCUACAUAUCUGACAGGUGAUAAGACGGACUCAGAAGCUACAAGUAUUUACCUCCAGUUAUCAAAAAAAGACCCAAUUAUAAAACUUCUGUAUGUUACACCAGAGAAGGUCUGUGCGAGUAACAGGCUGAUCUCUACUCUGGAGAAUCUGUAUGAGAGGAAGCUCUUGGCACGUUUUGUCAUUGAUGAAGCGCACUGUGUGAGUCAGUGGGGACAUGAUUUUCGUCCAGAUUACAAAAGAAUGAAUAUUCUUCGCCAGAAGUUCCCUUCUGUUCCAGUGAUGGCUCUCACUGCCACAGCCAACCCCCGGGUACAGAAGGACAUACUCACUCAGCUGAAGAUUCUCAGGCCUCAGGUGUUUAGCAUGAGCUUCAACAGACACAAUCUAAAAUACUACGUGUUACCCAAAAAACCUAAAAAGGUGGCAUUUGAUUGCUUAGAAUGGAUCAGAAAGCAUCACCCACAUGACUCAGGGAUAAUUUACUGCCUCUCCAGGCGAGAAUGUGACACAGUGGCUGAAACGCUACAGAACGAUGGCCUUGCUGCCCUGGCUUAUCACGCCGGCCUCAGCGACUCCGCCAGAGACGAAGUGCAGCACAAGUGGGUUAAUCAGGAUGGCUGCCAGGUUAUCUGUGCAACGAUUGCCUUUGGAAUGGGCAUCGACAAGCCGGACGUGCGCUUUGUGAUCCACGCCUCCCUCCCGAAGUCCAUGGAGGGUUACUACCAAGAGUCUGGCCGAGCCGGAAGAGACGGGGAGAUCUCUCACUGCAUACUCUUCUACACCUACCACGACGUGACCCGGCUGAAGAGGCUUAUCCUGAUGGAAAAAGAUGGAAACCGUCAUACACGAGAGACCCACUUCAAUAAUUUGUAUAGCAUGGUACAUUACUGUGAAAAUAUAACAGAAUGUAGGAGAAUACAGCUUUUGGCUUACUUUGGCGAAAAUGAAUUUAAUCCUCAUUUUUGUAAGAAAUACCCAGAUGUUUCAUGUGAUAACUGCUAUAAAACAAAGGAUUUUAAGACAAAAGACGUGACUGAUGAUGUGAAAAAUAUUGUAAGAUUUGUUCAAGAACACAGUUCAUCUCAGGGAACAAGAAAUAUAAAGCAUAUAGGUCCUUCUGGGAGGUUCACUAUGAACAUGCUGGUCGACAUUUUCUUGGGGAGUAAGAGUGCAAAAAUUCAGUCAGGAAUUUUUGGAAAAGGAUCUACUUAUUCAAGACACAAUGCCGAAAGACUUUUUAAAAAACUGAUACUGGACAGGAUUUUGGAUGAAGACUUAUAUAUCAAUGCCAAUGAUCAAGCAAUUGCCUAUGUGAUGCUCGGAAGUAAAGCACAAACCGUACUAAAUGGGCAUUUAAAGGUAGACUUUAUGGAAACGGAAAAUUCCAGCAGUGUGAAAAAACAAAAAGCAUUAGUGGCAAAGGUGUCUCAGAGGGAAGAGGUGGUGAAGAAAUGUCUUGGAGAACUUACAGAAGUCUGCAAAUCUCUGGGGAAAGUUUUUGGCGUCCACUACUUUAAUAUUUUUAAUACCGUCACUCUCAAGAAGCUCGCAGAAUCUUUAUCUUCUGAUCCUGAGGUUUUGCUUCAAAUUGAUGGUGUUACCGAAGACAAACUGGAAAAAUAUGGUGCUGAAGUGAUUCCAAUAUUACAGAAAUACUCUGAGUGGACAUUGCCAGCUGAGGACACCUCCCCACGGAGAAGCCCCUCCAGCAGCAGAGGCACCAGAAAAAACACUCCUGAGGAGUCGGAUGAGGAAGCACCCAUAUCUUCUCACUACUUUGCAAAUAAAACCAGAAACGAAAGAAAGAGGAAAAGGAUGCCAGCCUCCCAAAAAGCCAAGAGGAGAAGAACUGGUUUCAGUGGUUCCAGGACGAAAGGGGGGUCCAACACAUGCCGAAGGAUACCUUCUAAAACUAAACCCUCCAACAUAAUCGGACCCAGUUCCACUUUGCAUGGUUCUCAAGCAGCAUCAGGAGUCAGUAGGAAACUGGGGAUUAUGGCUCCACCAAAGCCUAUAAAUAGACCAUUUCUGAAGCCUUCAUACGCAUUUUCGUAACAACCAAAUCUCGACGUACAGAGAUCUCAUUUCUUGUUUGUCAGCAUCUGACCAUCUGUGAAUAUAAAGCUGCUAGUUUUGUUAUACCAUUUGUAAAUUUUUACCCAUAUCUAUUAAUAUUUAAAUAAAUGCUCGGGGUGACAGUUCUGGUUUUUUACAAUAAA